UGCACAGCGAGGAUGUGGUCUCGACGCGGCUGUACUUUGUGAAUGCUUCCCUGCAGAGAGUGACCUUCUCCAGCUCAGUGGGGGUGUCCCUGCCCUGUCCUGCGGGUGGGCGCCCCCCCCAUGCCGUCCUCCGCUGGUACCUGGCCACUGGCGACGACAUCUACGACGUUCCACACAUCCGCCACGUUCACGCCAACGGCACGCUGCAGCUCUACCCCUUCUCCCCCUCUGCCUUCAACAGCUUCAUUCAUGAUAAUGACUACUUCUGCACUGCCGAGAACCAGGCCGGCAAGAUCCGCAGCCCUAGCAUCGUGUCAAAGCAGGUGAGACCUGAUAGCUAG